AUGGACCUGCCCUCCGCCGUCGAUUAUCCAGACUACUAUCAGUUCAUCAAACAUCCAAUUGCCCUGAACCUGAUCAAAUCUCAACUUGACUCUGAGCACAAUCCAUACCUCUCCUUUGACAAAUUGCUCUCCGAUCUCAAGCUAGUCUUCUCUAAUGCAAAAAAAUACAACGUUGGAGAUUGUGAUCACAAAAAUGAAGCUGAGGCACCCGAACCGAAACGAAAAAAGUCAAAGCUCGAGCUUCACCCAUCUCAACGCACUCACCCAAUCCCCACCCCCUCUACCACCCCUGCAAAUGGGAUCAAACCAACACCUCCAUCAACUUUUGUGAUACCUCCCACUCCGGUCAACCCAGUAUCUCACAAUCAACGCUCUGCCCAAACACAGCCACAGCCACCCAAACACCUCCGCUCACUUGCCCAACUCAAUCAAGUUGCUCUUCCUCUUGAGGAAGGUGACCCCAAAUCUGAUCACUUUAAGGUUUGUGGGGAGUAUCCCACAGAUCUUGGUGAUUGUCCUGAGGGGUCACCGGAAUUCAGACUCACAAGGAAGCAGAGACGCAAUUGCAACCGCAACCAGACAAAGGAGCGACAACGGCUUGAAGACCUUCGAAAUCAUGCUGACCUGUCAAACUUCUCGGUCCACCGUCUAUGCUCUAAUCAACCACUGCGACUUGUUCAGAAAAAUGAAAUCAUCACCAAAAAUAAACGGGUUGGUGGGAUUGUUCGAUUCACCAAAUUCAGCGACAUUGAUCCCCUGCUCUUGCACCAAUUUGAGGCUUUGAGUCAACAUUUACUCGAGCAAUCACGAUAUCUCAAUCCCAAUGGUAACAAUGGGAACAAGCUCGGUGGAACGAUGUUCAAUGCUGGCUGGCGGAAGGCAUAUACACAUAACGAAAUCCUUGGGAUAUCCGCUUCAGUUCCAAAGAUAUCUGGCCAUGAGGAACGCUACCUGGAGCUUCAAGAGGAAAUGAAAACUCAGGAGAAAUUUCUUGCAACUCGAUUUGCCCACCUGUCCCGGCUGCUCUAUGAUACUUUACGGAUUCAACAUAAGGAACUCAAACUCCUUUUCAGAGCUACACGACUUCUCUUUUGCAUCUCAUCUCAGUUUCACCCUCAACAACUUCCAUAA